AUGAAGGUCUCUAGUUCGGUAUAUACCUGUCUACUGGGCAUCCUUACCCAGCAUAUUACACAGUCCUGGGCUCUUUCCGGAGAGGCAAAAGCGAUGGUUGAAGACUCUAUGGAGUGGAUGGACAGGUUUUACGAUCCAAAGAUAAAACAGCUCUAUGACCUGGAAUCUAGAGCUGCGAUGAACCAUGAGACAUUAGCCUCUACAUGGUAUGCGGUCGGACUACUUGCACGGAACGGCGACGGUGAUGUUUCGAGAGCUGAGGAUGUCAUCAACUACGUUAUUAAGGACCAGCAUGACAAUCCCAAAGACUUGUGGUAUGGCGGCUAUACGCGAGAGCCAGAGGAGCCAACUGUUGGAACACCAUGGUACCCGGCCCGUAUGUACGGAUCGUGGGACCCAAACUGGCGUGGCUUCGUCGGUCUCAGCUUCAUCACGAUAUACGAAGAGUUCGGAGACCUGCUGUCUGACGAUUUGAAGGGGCUUAUGCUUGAAAGUCUAUACAACUGCAGUAUUGGCGACUCAUACCGAGAGGGUGGUGUUAACGGAGAUAACCUCUAUCCAUCCUACAGCAACCCUGCAAUCAUGCGCGCUAUUGGUACAAGCUGGACCGGUCGCCAGAUAGGUGACGAUAAUAUGACACAGGCUGGGGAGGAUUAUGCGAAUAAGAUUAUUGAUCUCUUCGACUUACAUGACACUCUUUCUGAGUUCAACUCAGCGACAUAUACCGGCAUCUCACUCUUCGGUCUUACACUGUGGUGUAGGUAUGGUCAUGAGGAUAGUAUUCUCUCCCAAAGAGGUCCGGAUCUUCUACGCGGUGUUUGGAAUUACACAUCGCAACUCUGGAAUCCACAGAUGCGAAAUCUCGCUGGUCCGUGGGACCGUUCUUACUCAUUUGACAUGACCAAAUCUCUCGGCAUCCUGUCUCACUUUCUCGCACCCAUCAUCGGUAGAAAGGAGGCAGGUGUAUGGCAAUACCCGGAGGUCAUGAGCCACGCUCGUGACUGGGCUUGGGCACCACUUAUCGCCGUCCACUCGGACUUCCACAACUCAUUGCUCUCUGAUGAUCUAAAGGAGUCGCUGAAGACACUUGAUGGAGAGAGGACAUAUACAGGCAAAGCCUACUAUCCGCCAUACGACCUUGACGCUCGCAACAUCACGACGUGGCUCAGCGAGUCCUUGAUGAUCGGAGCUCAGUCUUAUCGGACCAAGAGUGCAAACGGACCAUCCAAUAACAAGGGCCAGUUCCAUCCCGCUGUUGCUCAUUGGGCUUAUGGAGAUGACAAUAUCGGAUGGCUCAGUCUCCGUUCUACUGAGGCCCACGUCCUGAUGGAAGUCUCACCCAAGAAGCUGAAGGUAACUUACCCUGAGGGGACCAGCAGUUCUGUUUUCACCUUUGCAGUCUCUCCCUCGGUUGCAAAGAGGGAUGUCCAGUCUUGGGCCGACAUUGAAGGAAUCACAAUCUCUGUCUCGGGAAAUGCAGAUCCCGUGCCGGAAGUUACAUUUGCUGGCCGGUAUGGUGGUGCGGGAAAUCCGAUCUACGAUCAAAACUAUUGGUCUAUGGUGCAUAGAAUGUCUGCUGAUUUUGAGGGCGCUCCCGAGAUUAUCAUUGAGUUCGAAUGA